AUGGCGCGCAAUGAUUCCUUCGCAAAGACGACAGGGGGCGAUCCUCGGAGACCUCCAAAGAAAUACAACAGGCCCGUCACAAGCCCUGACGAUCAGCCCCCAGACCCGAUGCUGCUCAUGGCCCUGGUGUUUGGGAUCCUGGCACUGCUCAUGAAGAUGAAGGUAUCUGCUUGGUGUUCUCUGUUCUGCUGCAUUUCUUCACUCGCGAACAUGAAGAUCGAGCUCAUGGAUUUCAAGCACGUUUUCAGCUCCGUGACACUUUGUGGGCAGUCCUGGAUCCCCGCACAACUUCUUGAGAAGCUUGUGCUACACGAAAGAAAUGGCACGAACCCGAUGAACGAGCUGAUAGUCCAUUGCGUGGAUGGCGAUUCACUCUAUUCGAAGCCAACACGGUUGCAGUGUAUUUUCCAGCAAGCAUAG